AUGACUUCUAAUCAAAGCGAUGCCGCUACAACUGCUUCAAGCCAAAAUCUCACGUCUGGACAAUCGAUCGGAAAUGAGUUCAGUGUAGAUUUUUCCGUUCUCGACUGUGAUCCGAAUUGUAGAGUCCAAAAUGCCAUUGAAAAAUUCUUUACGGUCAGCUGUGAGUGGGGAAUCGCUGCAAUUUGGUUCUUCCUCAUGUUCAUGGUAAUCUUUGCUAUUCUCCAACUAAUUUGCACGAUUAUUGCGUAUGUGAGAAAGAGAACCACUCUGCUUGCACCAGUUGGUAGUAAAAACACUAUGCAGUCGAGUAUAUUUGUCUAUGCACUCAACGCAGUAAUGAUUGGGGCAAGCUGUGCAGCUGUUAUUCUGUACUGGAAGAAAAACUAUUUAAUAUAUGACUAUGCACCCUUUUUAUAUGCUGGAGCAGGCUAUAGUUUAAUAUUGCUUAUAUCAACGCUGACUACAAUGGUGUACUACAUGUGUUGCGACUACAUGUAUCCCGAGCGGUAUAAUAGCACACCAAAUCCUAAGCCAGGAUUUAUCUCAAUUCUAUGGAUAAUAUCUAUAGCUUUUGAAGCUCUAGUCUGUGGUAGCUACAUUAGCAUUUUCAAGCAAUCAGCCGUUGUCUAUGAUUCAGAUAAGAUCCUCUACUUCUUUGUUGAGUUGUUAGCUAGGACAUUCUUUAUUGUAAUGUCAUACUUAUAUACUUCCAUUGCUGUUAAAGCUAUUGAAAAGCAUCACUAUGAAGAAGUCAAUACAUCUGAUAAUUAA